AUGAUAGUUCUCGCAUCUACAAGGAAAGAACUAAGGCAUUUCAUAACAGUAAAUUUUGCGGAAGGAAUUUCGGCCAGGGAAAAGGUUAUGUUAUUCAGUUCAAGGCACAAGUUAUUUCCAGGGAAAUUAAAAUCUCGCUGGAUUGGACCUUACCUGGUGACUCAAGUUUUUCCUCAUGGAGCAGUUCAAAUCACUAAUGAAGCUGAAGGCAACACAUUCAAGGUCAACGGUCACGAGCUGAAACCCUACGUGGAGACACCCUUUGACACCCCAACAUAG